AAUUCAUAUUGGUAUCAUCGGCACUUGUUGAUUCCUUUGUCAAGAACAAAGAAAAUUCUUUUCAUGGAAGAAGGAGGAGGAGAUCAACAUGCCUGUAACAGCAGCUACACUUUUCCACCAGGUUUCAGAUUCCACCCUUCUGAUGAAGAACUCAUAGUUCAUUACCUACAAAACAGAAUCAGCUCUCGUCCACUUCCAGCUUCCAUUAUAGCUGAGAUUGAUCUUUAUAAGUAUAACCCUUGGGAUUUGCCAAAGAAGGCUUUGUUUGGAGAGGAAGAAUGGUACUUCUUUAGCCCGAGAGAUCGAAAGUAUCCAAAUGGAUUGAGGCCAAACAGGGCAGCAGGUUCAGGGUACUGGAAGGCUACCGGAACUGACAAGCCGAUUCUCACUUCUUAUGGAUCGAAGCGCAUCGGAGUGAAGAAAGCUCUUGUCUUCUAUUUAGGUAGACCUCCAAAGGGGACUAAAACUGAUUGGAUCAUGAAUGAGUAUAGAUUGGUUGACACAAUCACCAGCCCCUCCAGGCUCAAAGGUUCCAUGCGCUUAGAUGACUGGGUACUCUGUCGCGUUCGACACAAAGGCUACUCAUCGAAGAACUCAUGUGAGAAUCAAGAUAAUCCUUGUGAACCAAACAUGCUAUCAAAUCUGCCAAGGUGUGAUGAAGGUUAUCCAGCAACAAACAUGAACUUUCAUGCUGAUAUGAUCACUGAUUAUCAAUACAAAGACUAUCAGAUCCUAGCUUCUAUUCUUGUUGGUGGCCAUGUUCCUACCACUGAGAGCAUGUCAAGUUUGAACUUGAAGGAUGGCAAAGGCAAUGAUCCAAUAACUUCAGUUCAUGAAGAUGGUUUCCACAGAGAAGAUUCUUCUACAACAGUUUCUCCUUUGGACUGUUACUUCAACUCACUGAAAAGAAAAUCUAAUGAGGAUAACCAAUAUGAGAAUCUCAUUUCCUUUAACAGGAAGUUGAACAUGGAGACCACAAUGGAUGAUGAAUCUUCUAUCAUCAAUGGAGGUUUGAGCUUCUACAAUCAAAACCAGUCUCAAGAUGACAUAAUAUUCAAUAAGAGAGCAGCAGAGCCUAGCAUCAACUUUCAAGAGCUAAAGCAAUCAGCUUUUAUAGGAAGAUACCCGCAAUGCUCAAGUGAUUGACCAUAAGACAUAUUCAAUACUCUCUAUUCCACUUGUAUAUUUUCAUGGAUAUACAACUAAGAAUAUAGGCCUCAUAUAUUAAAGUGAAUUAUUGUUCUUUAA